UGACUUCUCAAACCGUCGCCAACAUUUUAAGCACAUUUCCUGGUAAGUUUGACUUCUUUUUACGGGCGUUUCCUGACAUGGUGUUUUUCAUUAUUAUUUAAAAAAGUAACUCGACAGUUACUUCCACAAAAAAACCGACACUAAGAGGCUUUGAUGUGAAGUUUGUCGACCACCGGGUGGCGCUAAUGACGCACACCUUUCAAACUACACAGCAGUGCUCUUAGCGCUUUGUUGUCUUUAUCGUUGAAGGAUUGUGUUUGUUCACGCUGGCUUUGCCUUUGGGGGUUUUUUUAGUAACGGCUUUGACAAAGUAGUAGAAGAAGCUAACGGCUAAUUGCGCGCAUGAAAGAGCUUUUGAAGCGAGAUCGUGAUUGGCUCAAAUGGGAUCAGACGCUUUCAAGCCCCGCCCUCUUCCUGCUUGCCGGCCAAUGGACUUGUUGGAAACGGGCGUAUGGGCGGAGCUCGCCGGCAGCGGCUAUAAAGCAGCAUUCAGGCUGCUGCUCCGGCGAGGAAAUUCCCACUUUCCUUCACGGCGGCGGUGACAGGCUUUCCCCGCAAAUCUCCCUCUUGGAUGCCCCGACCAGCCCUCCCUGGAGCAUUUCAGCAGGUCGCCAAGGAACCUUAGCCUUAACCCCCACCACCUGCCAGCCAGUAACCAAGCAAAGCCUCAAAGCCGUCAGCCAUGAUGCAGAUCAGCAGCGACCCGGCCAGCAACAAGCACUCCCUCAUCAACGUCAUGCACCGCUUCAUCGCGGCUGCCAACAACAUGGACGAGACCAUCAUGGUGCCCAGCCUGCUGCGAGACAUGCCCCUGGAGGAGCAGGCGGCGGACCGGGUGGAGCCCAACAACAACAACAACACCAGCAGCAGCAGCAGCGAGGAGGAGGAGGAGGAGGAGCGUGCAGCCCGCAGCCCGCAGCAGAGGGACAUGUACGAGCACUACCUCCUGCUCAAGUCCAUCAAGAACGACAUGGAGUGGGGUCUACUCAAGUGGGAGAUGAGCAGCGGCGCCAGCUUCCUGGAGAUGGCCGUCAAGCAGGAGGAGCAGCAGCCCGUCACCAGGGAGCCGCCCACCCUGGCCGACAACACCGACCUGGAGCACCAGUUCCACUUCCACCUGCGAGGACUCUUCGGGGUGCUGUCCAAGCUCACCGUGCAGGCGGACCACCUCACCAACAGAUACAAGCGAGAGAUUGGAGGUGGAAACUUCAUGAGGUAAACAAACGCCAGCCUUGCACUCCUCCCUCGGGACUUGAUGGGACGGGGGUCCCCCUUGUCUUUCCCUUCCGGAGCAUCAGCGCUCCAGCCUCCCCGCCCCGCAGAAACCGGUGACGCCUCGCAGAAGCACGUCCUGGCUGAGCGGGACACUUCGAUGCUUGGGUGGAGGUUUAACUGUCCCACAGGAAGCACAGCACAAUUGGACCGUGGAUUGGUUGACCAGAGCGGGAAUAAAAGUUCCGACUGUAGGAGAAAUUGAAUGCUGGUUAUUCUGUCCCUCCUCUUUGUUGCUUUGUGCUUAUUUUCAAGUCAGCUUAAAAGGGCUUUUAGGAUUACUGGAACAUGGCGUGCCUUGACUCAUCCUCCUGUUUGAUUCCCGUUGUCUAACUGCUUCAACAAGCUCUUAUUUCUCCUCUGAUUUUAGAUUCUGCGAAAAGUACAAAUAAAAAAAAAUUGAUAACUUU